AUUUGAUUCAGGCGCGUGAAAUAUCAUGAGGCUACGGCGCCUCAGGUCGUUAGACACUGCUCUUGGUUUCUUCGAUGUUUGUAUUUUCCAUUCGUUAUCGUCAAUUUGUUUAUUGCAAACUGGAGGUGUACUGCCAACUGAACAUAUUGUCGGCCUUGAGAGAGAUCCUGACGGAACUUUAGUAUCUUGGUUCCGGGAUGGACGCGAUGUACUAGGCACUGGCUGCUUCCCUGCCUGUGGUGUAGCACAAGGCGAGCUGGCCAUUUUAGAGCAUUUCGUUGUACUGGUCCACUUGCUAGACGUGUUGGUUCUAUUCUGCGCAAGUUUAGCUUGGCACAGUUUACAAACGAUCUUCAAAAAUUCGUUCUGAAUACCCUGGAUUACACGAAAUUGGUCAACUGUAAGACCAACACACGAAAUAUGAAGCUUAACACAGCAGAGACUGCAUGUAAUUGCGUUAGCUCGAUGCCCAACGACUUUGCAGCACAUUCCACAAGGUGACUGCUUCGCCAUUUCAAAAAAGGUACCGAUCGAUAAGAGAAAAUCAGUG